AUGUUUACUUCAAGUGGGAGCAGAGAUUGGAAUUUCAUCCUGAAUUGUAUUGAACCAGUGGUAACUGAUGACAUGAACAGAGACUUGACUAGGCCAAUUACACUUGAGGAGAUUAAAGAUGCUGCUUUUCAGAUGGGGGCCACGAAAGCUCUAGGGCCUGAUGGCUUUCAUGGGACUUUCUAUCACAAAUACUGGGGAAUUAUUCACAAUGAUAUUCAGGGCUUCACUGCUGAUUUUUUCACUGGCCAAGCCAUCCCAAAGCCUUUGAACUCCACGCAAAUAGUCCUUAUUCCAAAGAUUCCUAAUCCUGAAGUUGUCUCCCAAUUUAGGCCAAUUAGCUUGUGCAACUUCUCCUACAAGAUCCUCUCCAAAAUUCUAGCCAACCGUCUUAAGCCUCACCUACCCAGCAUUAUCUCCCCAACUCAAAAUGCAUUUAUUCUUGAUCGACAGAUCCAGGAUAACAUCUUGGUAGCCCAUGAAGUUUUCCAUGCUCUAAAACUCAAGAAAUCAAAGAAGAAGUUUGAGAUGGGAGUGAAAUUCGAUAUGAAUAAGGCUUAUGAUCGCGUGGAAUGGGAUUUUCUUGAGAAGAUUAUGCAAAAAAUGGGGUUUAAUGCAGGGUGGAUUCAGUUAGUCAUGCGCUGUGUAACAACAGUAAACUUCACUGUGGUGAUCAAUGGCCAACCGGGUGGUGCCUUCUCCCCAUCCCGGGGUAUCCGACAGGGGCAUAGCAAAGAAGGAAGCGUUGGUGUAUGUGAAAGAUCGAAUUCUUCGAAAGCUUAUCCCAUGAAUAUCUUCAAAUUCCCUACCUCCAUUUGCAAAGAAAUUGAUUAUGUUUUGGCGGGCUUCUGGUGGGGGCAGAAUGGAGAUAAUCGAAAGCUCCAUUGGAUCAACUGGGACACCUUUGGACAACCUAAGCAUGAGGGGGGAAUGGGCUUUUGCAACCUCCACGAGUUCAACUUAGCUCUUCUCGCAAAGCAAUGCUGGAGAAUUUUGAUGGAGCCUCAAUCCCUGUGGGUUAAAGUUCUUAAAGGUAGAUAUUUCCCAAAUGUCAAUUUUUUGGAAGCUAAGAAGAGUGGUCGUACUUCGUGGGCUUGGGCAAGCUUGCUUGAGGGCAGGGAUAUCCUACUUCGUGGUGCUCAUUGGCAAGUUAUGAACAGGGCACAUAUUAGAUUGUGGGUUGACCGAUGGCUUCCAAACUCUCCAAAUGGUGCUCCUUGCCUACAUUCUAAUGAAACUCUUGAUCAGAACUUACGAGUUGAAGCUAUUAUUAACAGGGAGCUUGAUGAAUGA